CUCUGACGCGGCGGAGACACAGCCAAGGGAAAAGAGUUCCCACUUCCCCCACCAAACUCCGCUCGGAUCACCCACCGGCGGCGAGGCUGCGGAGAUGGCCGGCGGCGAGGACGAAGGGUGGAGGAGGAGCGGCAUCGAGGUGAGCGCACUGCAGUUCGACUACGACGGGCAGCCGCCGCUCUUCGCGCGGUUCAAUCUCCGCAUCGCCCCCGGCUCACGAUGCCUCCUCAUCGGCGCGAACGGAUCAGGCAAGACCACUCUCUUGAAGAUUCUUGCGGGGAAACAUAUGGUUGGAGGAAGAGAUGUUGUCCGUGUUCUUAAUGGUUCUGCUUUUCAUGACACACAGCUUGUGUGCAACGGUGACCUUUCCUACUUAGGUGGUUCAUGGAGUCGGGCUAUCGGUUCAGCUGGUGACGUUCCUCUGCAAGGCGACUUCUCUGCUGAACACAUGAUUUUUGGAGUUGAUGGGGUUGAUCCUGUUAGGCGAGAGAAGCUUGUUGAUCUACUAGAUAUUGAUCUGCAAUGGCGCAUGCAUAAAGUCUCAGAUGGACAACGCCGCAGGGUACAAAUCUGCAUGGGUCUUCUUCAUCCAUACAAGGUACUCUUGCUUGAUGAAAUCACCGUUGAUCUUGAUGUUGUGACUAGAAUGGAUCUCCUUGACUUCUUUAAGGAAGAGUGUGAACAGAGAGAAGCAACCAUUGUCUAUGCCACUCAUAUAUUUGAUGGAUUGGAAUCAUGGGCUACUGACAUUGCAUACAUCCAAGAAGGUGAAUUGAGAAAAUCAGCAAAAUACUCUGACGUUGAGGAGCUAAAGAGUGCCAAAAACUUGCUGUCAGUUGUCGAGUCAUGGCUGCGAUCUGAGACCAAACUCCCUAAGAAAGAACAUCCCCGUCCUGAGACCCAGCCCAGGCGCUCCUCUCCAUUUGAUGCUUCACCGUUCCGAUCUUCACGCCACAUGGCCUACUACCGUUGAUGAUUGUUCCCACCUCUACACCUAUUCUGGUGCUAAUUAAUCAUACUUCCACAAUUUGUUUCUGUUCUGUUUCUCAUCCCUUUCUACGGCAUUGUACCUAAUAUAUAAAUAAAGCGAACUUACCCUUGUGCCGAUGAGCAGUGAGUACCCAUCAAGUUCAUUUCUGUACUUCUUUCUGAUAAUCUAAUACUACAUGAAUUCAGUCCCUGUCAUUCUUUAGAAAGGCUUGAUGUACAUUAAGAAAUGGCCCCAUUUAUCACG